AUGGCAUAUGGCCAAGAGAAGGAUAUGUCAAGGGAGGAAGGGCCCACUGCACCUAAUGAGGUGGUGAACAAUGCUGCUGAGAUUGACCUCAAUCAAGAUGAGGCAAUGGCUGACAUUGAGCUGGAUGACAUUGAGGACCUGGAUCUUGGAGAUGAGGAUAACCAUGUUGAAGCUGAUAACCAUGGUGAUGCUGAUAACGAUGGAGAAGCUGAUAACCAUGGCGAAGAGGAAAACACUGGUGAAAAGGAGAACACGGGUGAUGAAAAUGACUUCACUGAGGGUGACGGCAUGAGUUAUCCUAUCUUCGAGGAGAUUGUCAAGCUCCAGGCUCGAGUGUCGACCCAGAAUAUCACCAUACUGCUGCAGCACACGUCCAUUGAUGGACUCACGAGGCAUACUCAGAAUCUUGAGGCUGCGUUGAGCAUUGCCACGAAAGAGCCACCUCCACCCGAGACCACACCCUUUGGAUCUCUCUCGGCGCCUCUGCCUGAGUUUAACCAUGGCAAGACGGAGGUGGAGCCUUGGCUUGACCUGGUGGAUACCACCAUGACCCUUGCGAAUGUGCGUCCCGAGGCUCGCUUGCGUCACCGCAACUACUCGUGCAUUGGACGAGGUGGCCCGCAGGGCAGUGUAUGGCGCUAA